CUAUCGCACCUUCCAUCGGAUCUUGCUCCAUCGCACUCUCGACUAGUCCUCGCGGGCGUUGGAGAAGCUUCGCUUGGGACGCCACGCGGGGUACUAAAAGCUUAGCCAGUCAGACCAUCAUGAAAUCGAUAGAAGACUGCAUAGGCCAGACGAGGCUGCUCGAUACACAGCUGAACCUUGCGCUACGGCAGAAUGCAUUGCUACAACAGAUUAAUAUGGCAACAGUGCUGGCUUUGCUUAGGCCGACACUAGAUAUCGGAUGCCUGAUCAGGUAUAUAGCAACUCAGAUGCUUGCGUGAUCCUCUCGUUUGAAGCGCUUCCAAGUCGUAGCUGUUCACUAUGCAUGUCACUUACAUUAAGAUUCUCUUCGCCCUCGCACUUACAGCGAGUAGUAUACCCACACCUCCCGCGCCUCCCAAAUCUUGUUACCUACCAAAGCGCCUAAUCGCACUUGAGGAGCAUGUCACAUCGCCAUCUUUGGAAGCUGAGGUGGUUGCUGCAGGCAUAGUGCAGCGCUACCCCGGUGUACUGGAAAAGCUUAAGGAAGUUGGAGCCGGUCGACUCGCUGCUAUGGAUGCCGGCCACUUGUCUAUGCAAGUCCUUGCCCAGCAGUCUGCCACGGGUUUGGACGACCCAGAAGGAUGUCGCGCAGCAAAUGAUGCUGUUCGCUCAGCAAUCAGAGCCAACCCUAAGCGCUUUGCUGGCUUUGCCGUCCUGCCAAUGUCUCUGCCGGAAGAGGCUGCUGCGGAGUUGAAGCGCAGCGUUACAACGCUUGGUUUCAAGGGUGCGAUGAUAUGGAAUCACCUCAAAGACGGCACGUACUACGACGCUGCACGCUUCGAUCCAGUCUUUGCAAUGGCACAGGAGCUCGAUGUGCCGCUAUACCUGCACCCUGCUGCCCCGACUGCCGAUAUUGCGUCCAAGCUGUUCGCCGGAAACUAUCCUGCUGCCGUGGCUGGACGGCUUGGGACGAACUCGUGGGGAUGGCACGUCGAUGUCGGGACGCAUGUCUUACGACUUUACAGCGCAGGCUUAUUCGAUCGAUUUCCAAAGCUGAAAAUGAUCAUCGGACAUAACGGUGAAGGACUGCCAAUGUUCAUUGACCGAAUCGACUCGACAGGUUUGCGUAACGAUACGACGUUCGGUCGGGUUUGGAGUACAAAUAUCUGGAGCACGACGAGUGCUUUCUUCACUGCGAGGCAGUUUGAGCAAUUGAGGCAAGUGAGCCCAGUCGAGAGGAUUAUGUAUUCGGUCGAUUACCCGUUUAGUACGAAUACAGAUGGAUGGGCAUUCGUCGAAAAGUUGGCGCAGGCGCAGGUCUUGACUGACGCUGAGAUGGAUAUGUUCGCGUGGAAGAAUGCUGAAACAUUGUUGAAGCUGUGACGGAUUGGUGCGAUAGAAUCAGCGAUCUAAUUGAGCGAUGAAAUGGCAAUUAUUGAAGACGAAUAUGUAUU